UUUUUUUAAAGUUCCGCGGAGGAGCAGGGACGGGGUCCUUUAAGCGCGCAGAAAAGGGAGAAUAACAAGUGUUUACAUGUGUCCAGUCAUAAGCAGGUUCGAGAUAACAGAGGAGAAUUACAGCUGUUAAGUUUUUUGUAUUAUAUUAUCGUUUUAUUGUAAUACGGGUAGCUAAAAGCUAGCACCACCAAGCUAACGGCUGUGUAGCUAGCUAAAUCUUAGCAGUCGGCUAGCCAGCUACGUAUCGAUAGCAACCUAGCGGAUAACCAAACGACAAAGGAAAUAUAGCCAACAAGCUCAGAUUUCGAUAAAGAUAUCUUUUUUUUACAAGUUGCCCAUUUGGGUUGGGGCCUUAUAUAUAUUUUUUGCUUCAUCGUAACGAUUAUUCAAGACGAAAUACCUGACCUGCUUGAAUAAACGGCAAAAAAUAAAAUAAAAUGGCGGAACCGGACAAAUUAAACAUCGACUCCAUAAUACAGCGUCUGUUGGAAGUUAAGGGCUCCAGGCCAGGCAAGAAUGUUCAGCUGACAGAGAAUGAGAUCCGCGGCCUCUGCCUCAAGUCCCGGGAAAUCUUCCUCAGCCAGCCAAUCCUACUGGAGCUCGAGGCACCACUCAAGAUUUGCGGUGAUGUCCACGGGCAGUACUACGACCUGCUGCGGCUGUUCGAGUACGGCGGCUUCCCUCCCGAGAGUAACUACCUGUUCCUGGGGGACUACGUGGACCGAGGAAAACAGUCCCUGGAGACCAUUUGUCUCCUGCUGGCCUACAAGGUCAAAUACCCCGAGAACUUCUUCCUGCUCCGUGGCAACCAUGAGUGUGCCUCCAUAAACCGCAUCUACGGCUUCUACGACGAGUGUAAAAGGCGGUAUAACAUUAAGCUGUGGAAGACUUUCACAGACUGCUUCAACUGCUUACCUGUGGCGGCCAUUGUAGACGAGAAGAUCUUCUGUUGCCAUGGAGGCCUCUCUCCAGACCUGCAGUCCAUGGAGCAGGUGCGUCGCGUGAUGCGGCCCACAGACGUGCCUGACCAGGGCCUGCUGUGUGACCUGCUGUGGGCCGACCCCGACAAGGAUGUGCUGGGCUGGGGCGAGAACGACCGUGGCGUCUCCUUCACCUUCGGCGCAGACGUGGUGGCAAAGUUCCUGCACAAGCACGAUAUGGACCUCAUCUGCAGAGCGCACCAGGUUGUGGAGGACGGCUAUGAGUUUUUUGCUAAGAGACAGCUGGUCACUCUGUUCUCUGCGCCGAACUACUGUGGGGAGUUUGACAACGCCGGGGCCAUGAUGAGCGUGGACGAGACGCUCAUGUGCUCCUUCCAGAUCCUCAAGCCUGCUGACAAGAAGCUGUACUCGUACGGAGGAGGAGGCGGAAUGGGCUCAGGGCGUCCGGUCACCCCACCACGGAAUUCAGCCAAGGGAGGGAAAGCCAAGAAAUAACACCCACUGGACUACCCCCCCCCCCAACCUCCUGUUUCCCCAUCCCUUUAAACCCUAUACCACUCUCUACCUCCCUGCUUCUAUCCCUCUGUCACCCAACAGCAACAAAGCGAAACAGUACCCAGGGUUAAAGUCCUUUCUCUUUGUCUGUCUUUUAUCCUUUUCCUUUAUUGUGGGUGGGUGUGUGUGCGCGCGCAUGCGCAAAACAUUGAUGUGAAUGAGCGCCUGUAAGGUUUAUUAUAAUGUGUGCGCUGUCCUUUCGCUCCUCUGAACCCUGCCGAGACGCACACAGAGGGAGAGAGCGAGACGACGUGUCUCUGCCCUGUUGAUGCCCAGCUGGGCGGUGGUGAACGUGGUCAGGGAGGGGGAGGAUGAGUGAGCAGGGAUGGAGAGAGAAGCCUGGGUAGCUCCAGCACCUUCUAUACCCGCCCUUGGACUGUUUCUAAAGCUGAACACGUGACUGCACAUCUUGUAUUAGUUAGAGCCAGUCUGAUUGUGAACUGUAACACUAACACACACACACAUGCACAGACAUAUGCGCACACACACACACACACAUGCAGACACUUAGACGGGGAAAGUAGCUGAUGUUGGUGGAGAAGGAAGCUGACUCUGGUUUGUGAGUGUGUAGUAACAGUGAGAGAGGGAGGGAGCUCACAGGUGCAUACUUUCAUACUUUCCAUUUAGAAAACCAGUGGUCUGACAAACAAUCAUGUUGAAACUUUAUUUUUCAUAUUCUUUUUAAUUCUUUGAUGGAGUGCGAAGAAAAGCUUUGGACAUUCUUGCUCAUUCGUGUGUGUGGGUUUUUUUGUUUUGUUUUGUUUUUUCCCCCCUUUUUUAGUCUCUUUUUUUGAAAGUCAAUUAUCAAUAAAGAGAACUGUUUAUUUAA